AUGGGAUUUGUAGCAGUUAGUGAUGAUGAAGAGUCAAGUCGAAUUGGGCGAAGAGAUAUAGUUGUGGCAUGGCGUGGCACUGUGGCACCAUUGGAGUGGUAUGAAGAUUUUCAGAGGGAAUUAGAGCCUAUUGGGCAUGGGGAAGCAAAAGUGGAACAUGGCUUUAUUAGCCUUUACAAGUCCAAAAGUGAAUCAACUAGAUACAAUAAGUGUAGUGCCUCGAAGCAAGUCAUGAAAGAAGUGAAGAGGCUAGUGCAAUUCUAUAAGGCAAGAGCUUUUCGAGAUGAGUUACACCAAAUGGGUGUGAAGACACUGCGGGUUGUCGUAAAACAAGAUUUAGUCCCUCGGAUGCCUAGGAUCAUCUUCAAUGAAAGCUUACAAAGGUUUGAUGACAUAACUGAAACCCUAGAUUGGGUUUACACACAUGUUGGAGCUGAAUUGAAGCUUGAUGUGAGAUCUUCUCCCUAUCUUAAAUACAGAUUCAACGUGUUAGGGUUUCAUAUGCUAGAGACAUACCUUCAUCUCGUUGACGGGUGCCAUAGCACAACCUCAACAAUUAGGUCUGAUGCUAAAAGGGAUAUUGCUUUGGUGAACAAAGCAUGUGAUAUGCUUGUAGAUGAACUAAGAAUUCCUCAUAGUUGGUACCAAGAGGCCAACAAGGGACUAGUUUGCAAUGCUCAUGGUAGGUGGGUUAAACCUAAGAGGGACCCAGAGGACAUACCUUCACCUACUAGUGAAGAACAUGAUCAUGUGCUUGGGAUGAUGCAGGAAAAUUAUGGAGAACUUGAACCCUUGUUAUGUGUAUAG